AUAACACGGACACGAUAUGGUUAUAAACAUCAUACAUCGAAACUUAAACUGACUAUUUAUCACUCCAAGAGGUACCUUUGUCUUUCAGAAGACAACUAAAGAAAAUGGUCACGUCUGCAUUAGCAUUAGCACAACCGGACUAUGACAGGAAAGCGGAGCUAAGGGCGUUCGACGAAGCCAAAACCGGCGUCAAAGGACUUGUUGAUGCCGGAAUAACAGAAGUCCCUAGAAUAUUUCAUCUACCUUCACCCGAAAACCUCAACUCCGAACAACACGAGCUGACUCUUCCAACCAUUGACCUCCAAGGAAUCAAUAACAAUCCGAUACAACGAAAAGAGGUGGUCGAGAAAGUGAAGGAUGCAUUGGAGAGCUGGGGAUUCUUUCAGUUGGUGAAUCAUGGAAUCCCGAUUAAUAUAUUGGAGGACAUGAAAAAAGGAGUGAUGGAUUUUCAUGAGCAAGACACUGAGGUGAAGAAGCAGUGGUACACAAGGGAUAUGAGUGGGAAGACCAGGGUGAUCUACAACAGCAACUUUGACUUGUAUGCUGCACCGGUGACUAACUGGCGAGACACCUUCUACUGCACCAUGGCUCCUAACCCACCCGAACCACACGAGUUGCCACCGCCUUGCAGACAAAUUUUGUUGGAGUACUCAAGACAUGUGAUGAAACUUGGGGUUUGUUUAUUCGGGUUAAUAUCUGAGGCACUUGGUCUUGAUCCGAAUCAUCUUGUGGAGAUAGGAUGUGCUGAUGGGCUUGGUGUUCUUGGCCAUUACUAUCCUUCUUGUCCACAACCUGAACUAACAAUAGGAACCCCGGAGCAUGCUGACAGCGAUUUCAUCACUAUUCUUCUGCAAGAUCAUAUUGGUGGCCUCAAGAUCUUUUAUCAGUAUCAGUGGACUGAUGUUCCUCCUAUACCAGGAGCUCUUGUAGUGAACGCUGGAGAUCUUCUAUAGGCAUCUCUCUCACCCCACCCUCUCUCUCUUUUAGCAUGUCAACCUUCAAAAUCAUUUUAUUGGUCUAAAUAGCGAGUACACCCGCCCUCUGCGGCGAGUGUGGGCCGUUUUUACCAAAAAUUUAAAUGGAAAUGUUGGUGCAAUGGCACCUAAAACUAAUAUAUUAUAAAAAGGUGGCUAAAACUAACAUUUUAAAAGUAUUGAAGUGUUUGAGGAUUAAUACAAUAUAUAAUAGAUUAAUGUAUAAACUUGGUAUCUCAAAUUUGCUAUGACUGUCAUAAAGUUUUUAACACAGGUCAAGUAUGUUUAUAUUUGAAACCGGGAUUUCUUCUUAAAAGUUAAAAGCAUAGUGUGUUGGAAAUCCGAAACAUCACCCAUAACAUUUGCAGCGGAAGAAUGAUAUGCAGGCAUUGUGAUGUUUACUAGUGAUACAAGGAAUCAAAUGCAACAGUAUGCAGGGAAACCAAAACGAAAUGAAUGGACAAAUUCAGUAAUCGAAAAUGUCUUGAUAACCGGAAUGAUGGUUCCCGGCAAUAUUUAAAUGUACAUAAAUGGCGGUUAAUUUGGGCGGGUAACUGCCAUUGCAGUUUAACUUGAUUACCUAACCCGCUUAUCAUCCUAAACCGCUUAUUAUCUAAUCUAAAUAAGAGAUCAUCCUAAUUAUAAGUUAUACAUA